AUGGCCAUUGCGAGUUCCACCUCUGCCGCCCCGAAAGGCAACGCUUUCGUUGGAACCGAAGGGAUUUAUAACCUCCCGCACCAUAAACGGGAGAUCGACCGUCUCCAACGGCAGCACAACUUCAUUCUGUCGUCCACAGGAGGUCUUCUCCUGAGCAUGCCUGUGGAGACCAAUGCUACACUGAGGAUUCUGGACGCUGGUGCAGCGGACGGAACCUGGCUUCGUUCUGUAGCUCAGAACUAUCCCAAUCAGAGAUGGUCCCUUCAUGGCAUCGACAUUGGCUCCGCACUUUUCCCGCCCCCAUCUGCAGACGGUCCGAUUGUGGAUCUUCGGAAGCAUGAUAUCCGGGAGCCAAUUCCAAAGCAUCUGCACCUACCAGAAAGCUUCGACAUCGUUCAUCAACGCUAUCUUAUAUGGGGCCUGAAAAGCUCGGAAUGGCCACAGGCCGUGGGAAACUUGCGUUCAGUGUUGAAGCCUGGAGGCUGGAUUCAGCUCGUGGAAGCCCAAUGGGUAGAUCGUGACACACCAUUUGACCCUGUUAAGUUCCCUACCCUUGCCAAGAUGUCGGAGUUCGAAAAGUGGAGCACUGCUGCUUUUGGGAUGAAUGCUUAUAUUGCUUAUGAACUGGAGGAUUUGCUCAGUGACCUGGGGUUUAGGAACAUUAAGAAAACAUCGUUCGCUUUGGGGUAUGGUGCAAUGGCUAGAGAGGAGCAGUGGAAAGUGGCCUCUGCUCAUAUAUUGGUGGAAGGAUUCCGCAGCCUCGGGCAUAAAAUGCCCCCUGGCGGUAUCCCUGGGGUGGCAAGAACCCCGGCUGAGUACGAUGCUUUCUUGGACGAAUUGCGGGACGACGUGAUAAAGCAUGGAUAUGCGCCGCAGCUGAAUAUUGUCAUUGGGCAGAAGCCCUCGGAACUGGCUUUAGCCUCACUCUGA